GUCAUCCAGGUUGCCUCUCUGUCUGAUGAAACCUUAGAAGUGACAAAUGAGGAGCUUCACAGGCUGGAAGAUGGUAAUGCUGCUGCUGCAGAUGCAGAAGUUACAGCAGGGACAAAUGGGAAAGGAAGCCCCGAUGGGACAUCUGAUCUGGUCCUGUUCAUAAACAACGCGGGACCUGGGGAACCCUGUCGGUCCACGUUGCAGAGUGUGAUAAGUGGCAUUGGCGAACUGGAUAUGGAAAAGGACUCCCCGAAGAAAGCGGAUGCUCAGGUCAAAGACACACCUUAUCCCGACUGCCCCUUCCUGCUUUUGGAUGUACGAGACCGAGAUGCGUACGACCAAUGUCACAUUAUUGGAGCUUAUUCCUACCCUAUUACAACGCUGUCUAGAGCCAUGAAUCCGUAUACAAAUAGUAUUUUGGAAUAUAAAAAUGCCCACGGGAAAAUUAUCAUAUUGUACGACAACGACGAGAGGUUAGCCAGCCAGGCUGCGACAACCAUGUGCGAGAGGGGCUUUGAGAACUUGUUCAUGUUAUCUGGAGGCCUGAAGGUCCUUGCGCAGAAGGUUCCAGAAGGCCUGGUCACUGGCUCGCUCCCCGUGUCCUGCCAGGUGCCACCUCCCACUGGAUCUGCCCAAAAAAAGACCUUUCCCAAAGCGCCACCCGCACGGGCUGAGAAUAAACGGAGAUUUUCUGCGGAUGAUCUACAGAAGAUAAAGUACUACCUGGAAGAGGAGCGCGUUCCUUUGGACACUGCCAGCCGUCUUAGCCGUGGUUCUUCAGGCCACACUUCCAGAGCAACAACCUCAAGGCACAACCCCAGCGCCGCUGGCAGCGUGGGAUCCCUCAGCGCCCGCUUGCUCAGCAAGUCCAGCCUCCAGAACAGACCAUGGAAAUAA